UCGGUUUUGGUUUCGAUAGGUUCCGCUACGCGAUUACGGGCCUCCUUUCUUUUGGUUUUUUUCUGGAAGCGCUUUGGGGAGGAGGGGUGGUUCUGUUUUGUUCUCUUCUGGAUCCGCCUUUUCGACGGUAUCGACACGUCUGGACUUCGCGUUGACUUCAAGUCAACGGGGCCGCGCUUUUCCCUUUUUGCUUUUUCUAUUUUUUUUUUUUUUUUUUUGGUGCCCGUCCUGCAGUAUGUGAGAAUCGGUGUCGUGGGUUCUGUUUCGUUUGGCGAUCGGCAGAGGGUCGAGUUCGGCGAUCGGCGCGAGCGCUUGCGGCCUCUGUUCCGUGAGAAUGGUAGCUGCCGUGUUCCCCAAGCACCGGCAGCUCAGUCAUUAUGCCGGUAAUGCCAACCUGAACAUCCCGAGAUCCUCAAAGGCCGAGAAGCUUGCGACAAGCAGAAGAUUCCCAAGGAGCUCAUUGGAUGGAAUGGAUAGUAGGACGUUGGAAGAUAAGGGGAAGCCUAUUAUGGUGACACAUGCGAAGAGAACUGAAGUUGUGUCACAGGAUAAAGGAAUGAAGAAGAGAAAGUUGGAUGGAAUUGAUGAGUGUUUAAAUGGUAAGAAUAUUGCAAAGAAGUAUAGGAGCGCGACCGGAAAGAGAAGUUCGGUGAAUGGGUCGUCCCGGACUAGAUGGGAAAGCUUUGACCAAGUAAAGUCCUCGUUCAAGAUGCAGAAAUUGAGCAAGUCUGAAAAGCCUCAAGCAGGCAGCAGAACCAGAAAGUUCCGAACUUACAAGCCACGGAGGGACAGUAGCGAGGGACUUUCUGAUGUUGAGUCCAUGGACAAUGGAUCCAGUGAAGAUUCGGAAGAAGCACGUAUAGUCAAAAUGAGAACCCGCAGGAGAAGAGAAAACAAGUUUGAUCUGAUGAAUGAUUCACUGCAUGAUUCCUCUUCGGCAUCGCCAUCCUCCUCUGGCUCCUUUCAUUCAACUCUGAAAAUUGAUUACACUGGGGAUACUGGCUGCUCGAAGGGAAAGUAUGAGGCUCAAGGAAAACAGCGAUUGAGAUGUCAUCAAUGCAUGAAGAAAGAAAGAAGGAUCGUAGUCCCAUGUACCAGCUGUAAGCAGAAGCUAUAUUGUAUCCAGUGCAUCAAGCAAUGGUACCCUCAGAUGUCAGAAAUAGACAUCGCAGAACUUUGCCCAUUUUGCCGUGGAAAUUGCAAUUGCAGCUGUUGCUUGCACUCUAGAGGCAUCAUAAAGGCGUCAAAAAUGAGCAUGUCUGAUGAUGAAAAGGUCCAGCACCUGAAGUACAUAAUAAAAGCACUGCAUCCAUUUUUAAGGCAAAUUUGCAAAGAGCAAAUUCAGGAGACACGAAUUGAAGCUAACAUACAAGGAAUGCCGUUUGAUGAGAUUGAAGUGCCAAUGUCUCUUUGUCACAAUUGGGAGCGUGUCUACUGCGACAAUUGUGCUACUUCAAUUGUGGACUUCCACAGAAGCUGUCCAGAAUGCUCUUUUGAACUGUGUCUCAAUUGCUGCCAAGAUAUUCGCCGGGGAAAAGUCCCUUCCCGUGCCGAGGUGAAGCUUCAGUUUGAGGACAGAGGCAAUGAGUAUAUCCAUGGUGGAGAUCCUGCGCCAAUUCUUGUGCCAAAUACAGAAAUUUUUCGAAGUAAUGUUGCUCAAUCCAUUGAAUGGAAGGCCAACACUGAUGGGAGCAUCAACUGUGCUUCAAAAGAGAUGGGUGGAUGUGGUAAUCAUAAGUUAGAGCUCAAACGCAUACUUGAUAAAGAUUGGAUUCGCAGGCUGGAGUUGCGAGCAAGAAACUUGCUGAAAAUUGGCAAACCUGAACAGACCAUUCAAAAGCAUAACUGCUCUGAAAUUGGGGAUGAGAUGCUAAGGAAAGCCGCAUCCAGAGAAGGGUCCACUGACAAUUACUUGUAUUGUCCGGCAUCAAGUGCAUUUUUGGAUGAAGAGGAGCUUCUAUGCUUCCGACGUCACUGGAUUAAGGGUGAACCUGUGAUUGUUCAAAAUGUUCUAGAGCGGACCCCUGGUUUGAGCUGGGAACCCAUGGUAAUGUGGCGUGCAUUAUGUGAGAAUAUGGAUUCAGCAUCUGGUUCAAAAUUUUCUGAAGUCAGAGCCAUUGACUGCCUAGCUGGUUGUGAAGUGGACAUUAGCACACGCCAAUUCUUCAAAGGCUACUCAGAGGGGCGAAGAUAUGCUAACUUUUGGCCUGAGAUGCUAAAGCUGAAGGACUGGCCUCCUUCGGACAAAUUUGAGGAUCUUUUACCACGCCACUGUGAUGAGUUCAUAACUGCACUGCCAUUUCAUGCAUAUACCGACCCUCGAUCGGGCUUCCUCAACCUUGCUGUGAAGUUACCACCAAGUGUCUUGAAGCCAGACAUGGGGCCGAAGACUUAUAUCGCCUAUGGUUUGGCUGAAGAGCUAGGAAGAGGUGACUCUGUGACCAAGCUUCACUGCGAUAUGUCAGACGCGGUGAAUAUCCUGACGCACACAUCAGAGGUAUCCUUAAGUGAGGAGCAGCAAUCUGCAGUGAAAACCUUGAAAGAGAAGCACAAAUUACAGGAUGUGAUGGAACUUCAAUGUCUUGUCGGCGGUGUAUAUUUUCAAGAUGGCCGUGAGGGAGGCUGGGAGAAAGGAGAGAAAUGCAGAAAAGAUCUCUGUUCGGACCAAGAAAUCAAGCAAAGAGGCGGUGCAUUGUGGGACAUUUUCCGAAGAGAGGACGUCCCCCUGUUGGAGGCAUAUCUUAGGAAGCACCAUAACGAAUUCAGGCAUACAUACUGCGCUCCAAUUAAAGAGGUCAUUCAUCCGAUCCAUGACCAAUCAUUUUAUCUUACUUUGGAGCACAAGAGGAAGUUGAAGGAGGAAUUUGGGAUUGAACCAUGGACAUUCGAACAACACUUAGGCGAAGCAGUUUUUAUUCCCGCCGGAUGCCCUCACCAAGUUAGAAAUCUGAAGUCAUGCACAAAAGUUGCUGCCGACUUUGUCUCUCCUGAGAAUAUCGGUGAGUGCCUCCGUUUGACUGAGGAGUUCAGACAGCUCCCAAGGAAUCAUAAAGCCAGAGAGGACAAACUUGAGGUAACACAUAAGUAUAGCCUUACAUCAUGCCUUAUAUUUUGUUUGGCUGUGGCAUCUUUUUGCUUUUCCAGCUGUUCUUACCCUUCUCUGAUCUCUCUGUGAAACAGAUUAAAAAGAUGAUUAUAUAUGCAGUCGAUCAAGCAACUAAAGAUUUAGAGGACUUGUUACAGAUGAGAAGGAGAUCCACGGUAGUAUGGUAGUUUAAGUAACAUCGGGAUCUGCUCAAAGCAGAGGGAAGAGGAUACUAACACCGAGAGUUAGCUUCUGCAACAGCUACCUUUUUGGUCUUUUGGUCUUAUAAAUUUUUUUUGUACAUAGUCAUCUUGUCUCCAUUUUAUUGUUGAGAAGUGCAAGAACUUUGCCAGCUCACAAAUUUUGCCUGGAACAAAUUUAGUCGAUUAUUGAUUCUGCAAUUAAAUUUGCAGCAAGAAUCUACAUUGAUUACCCCAUCAA